AUGAUUCCCGACCACCUGCCUGCCUGGCUAUCUGCCUGCCUGCAUCGGUAUGUUGGCUACGCCAGGCUACGCCAGCGCUGGGGGCGUACUCUGGUGUGGCGGCGGAUGGCGCGUACAGCUCAGGGAGAUGCACCACCGCCACCUGAUCCGGUCCUGCCAGCUCGGUAUCGUGUUAGCCGGGCUGAGCGGGCUGGUGCUGUGGAUGAGGACGGCGGCAGUGCUAGUGGAGCAGGCAGGCUGGUGGAUGAUGCAGCGGAAGGGGCAUUGGAGAUGGGUGGUGAUGCUCCGGAGACUGGUGAUUUAGAGGCAGCGGCGGCUGGGCAGGAGCCGCCCGAGCAACUUCCGCUGGACCAACAGCCGCGUCCUCCGCGAGUGCUGCCCAGAGCCUGCCUUGACGACCCAGCUAGUGUGGAGGUGCCAUACUGCAUGCGGUUAGAGCCGGAUCUGCCCAACCGCACUAUGCUGGUCGGCGACGGUGUUGCAGAACGCAUAUUCAUAUGCAACGCCUGCCACAAGGCCUUGAGUGCCCGCCGAGUUCCCGAAGCUGCACUGGCGCGUCUGGACCCUGGCGAUGUGCCGCGCGUCAACCAUCUGGGUGACCCUCUGCCGUCGCCCACUUUCCUGGAGGGGCAGCUUCUGGGCCGCGGCCGCAUCGUCCAGCAGUUGCUCAUCAUGUACCUGGCAGACCGACCGCCAGACGUCUUCCCGCGUGCUGUAAAGACUCACGGCAUUGGGGUCGUAAAUCCUGACCCGAAUAUGCUGCGAGCACAGCUGCCGGCGCGGGCGUCCGACCUGGCUGGCGCUAUCACGGUUGUGUGUGUCGACCAGGUUCGCAACCGGGCGGAGCUGCUGGAACGUGUGCGAAAGGCGCCAGGUCUACAGCACAACGACGAGGAGGAGCUGGCUGUUGAUGAGGAUGCUCUGCAGGAGUACGAACGCAUGGGCUGUGCUGCAGGUGUGCGGCAGUUCCAGGACGUGGUGGAAGCGGCUGUUCAUGAUGGCAAUCUUGCCGAUGCAACUGCGGUACCUGACGUGGAUCCUGUAGGACCGGUGCAGCCAACGCUGGCGGAUCCGACCCCGAAUGCAGGACCGGUGCAGCCAACACUGGCGGAUCCGACCCCGAAUGCAGGGCAAGACCCUGGACCGGGGCCAUUCACCGCCAUCCUGCGUGGACCUGUCGACCAGCCAGUUGAAGGUGCACCAGUCGAUCCGGCAGCUGCCACUCUGGACGAGCUGGAGCUGAUCCUGCCACAGCCGUCGAAUGUUGGCGAUGAUGGCAGCGAAAUCGACCGCUUCCCGGGCCGAGUGGAGGACCUUCUGACUGGCCGUGCACGGCUUGCAUUUGCGGCUGGUGGCCGUGACAGCCACGUGCUGGAUGACCGUCAUCCCGCCAUCCUCACCCUCUGCUUCCCCCAGUCCUUCCCGUACGGCUUUUCUGGUCAGCACCCCCGCGGCAUGUCUUUUCCGGCGUAUUGUCGCCACCUGCUGCACCGCGUGCCACGGACGCAAUUCGGCGGCAAUCUCAUGCUGCUGGCACGCAUGUACGACAUCUGCGUGCGCCACGAAAGCAUGGCGCAAGUGGGCAUUACCAUGAACAUGCGGCCGCAUCUUGGCGAACCAGCAGCACGUGUGCCGCAUGAUGUCAUCCGUGCUAUGGGCACCAUACUGGCACUGCCAUAUCGGCACUCACAGCGGCGGCAGCUGCUUGCACAGCAGUCGCCGCUGGUUAAGGCGCUGGUGGAGGGGGCCCGCCUCAGUACUCUGCGCCUCGACCUCACAGACGUGUAUUACAACGGUGCCCGAUCCAAGAUGCGUGCAGCCGCCCUCACCAUUGGCUGGCCCCCGCUGUUCUUCACCGUAAAUCCGGCAGAUAUGCAUGCAGCCUGUGCAGUCGUGGCCUCUGGACAGAUGUUGGACUUCGACAAUGAUGGACGACCGCAACAUAUCCCGAGCACGGUGGAGAAGUGGCGGCGUGUGAAGGAUGACCCGUACAGUUGCGCCGCCCUGCUGGUGGCCACCAAGGAGGUUCUGGUGGAGGAGCUCUUCGGCUUCGCGCCGGGCGCCAUGCAGCAGACGAACCCGCGCUGCUUCUGCGGGCUCACGUUUGAGGUGGCGGUCAAGGUGGAGCAGAGCGGCCGCCUCGCCCUGCACAUCCACGGUGUUGCGCAUGUGGCCACGUUUGCAGUCGAGCGCCUUCAGGCGCUGUUCAGUGGACCCAACUGCCGAGCGCUGGCCCUGGCAUACACCCUGUGCGCCAUGUGGUAUCCCUCGCCGUACUAUGACCCUUUCACCCGCGGUGCAGAACACUACGUCAUGGACAUGACCGUCGAAGAGGCCCAGCAGCAUGGCCGUGCGCCUCCGCCCGUUGACAAGUCCUGCCCGCCUGCAGCGUACGAUUUUGGCAGGCUCGCCGGCUGUGCAGGUGGCGGACUCCCGCCGCCUCCCCGGCACGCUGCUUGCCGUGCGCACCAUGCGGCCGUCAUUCACAGCACGCUUACUCAUACACAUAAUGACACGUGCAAGCGACACGGCUGCCGUGGCACAGAUGAUAGCUGUGGCAUGGCAUUCCCUCGUGUCCUGCGCAGCGCCUUCCAGUGGAUUGGCACCGGCGGCCUCUUCCUUCUGCCGCGAUUGGGCCUGAACAUUGUACCACACAUGCCAGCUGCAGCGCUGGCGUUUGGGUGCAACCAGCUGUUUACUCUGGCGUGCGAGGUGGAUCGCGUCUACACUGCAGAGGCAGCAGCGCAACUGGCCCGCCCUGAAGAUGAACGGGGGGACUGUGUGCUGCUGCAGCCUGCUGCUGACCGCGCCCACGACGCUGCCUACUACAGCACGAAGUACACUGGCAAGAGCAUCAACGACAGCCAGGCGCAGCUGACAUGCAACGCUCUUACCCGAGUGCAGGAUUUCCUGCUAGCUGGAAGGACGCCGAAUCCGGGUGCCAGUGGGCCCACUGCGUUUGGCAACAUGUGUGCCACCGUGCAUCGCAUGACCGCUUCCAUUACGGCUGGUAUGGCGCUUGUCGCCAUGAAGCUGGACGGUCAUUCCACCUUCGAGGCGAUGUUCGAGUGCGCAUACCUGCAGGUAGACGCGUUCACGGCGCUAUCUGCGGGCGCCGAGCAAUCUCCUGAGGCGGCGACCACAGCGGCAGUACUGGUGGAGGCUGAGGAGCAGGAGGGCUACACGGUGACCAACGCCGUGCAGAACUACAUGCUGCGGGGGGAAGAACUCAGCGGCCUGGACUGCAGCGUGUACAACAUAGCCUCCAACUAUGAGGUCCGACGUGUGCCGCCAGCUCAGCACCCGCACCGAGAGCGAUUGGGUCUACAGAUCCCGGUAGCAGUUCGACGCCGCAAGCGCACUACCCCAGCCGCACCCAUAACCGCCCCUGUGCCUGCCCCUGUGCCUCUGCCGACUGCAGCCCCGGCCCCUCCUCCUGAGCCACCUGCUCCUACAGCUGCAGCGACACUCGACCAGCCAACGUCUCAGACAGCCACGGAGCUGCCCCGCCUGGUGGCCUUCCACAGCACGCAUCCGCUCUACAAAACACAUGUCCACAUCCGCCUGCCGCGGCCGCGAUACGUACAGCUUGGAGGCUCUCUUCCCCGCCGGCCCCGCCCUGGCACCUCUGCUGCGGGCAUGGCGCAGUACUACGCGUUUGUCCUGGGUACUUUCAAAGCUCACCGGGGUCAGCCCAUCCCCCCCGGACUGACUGUAAAGGAAGCCUACGACACCUGGUGGGCAGAGCUGGGCACUACCGAGGCAGGUCGCUCGUACCAAGCAUACGCAUCGGUGCUGCUGGACAACAUCGAAGAGGACCACACUGGGAAAGCCCGCCGUCAGGCGGAGUACAACCAGCGGCGGCGCCAGCAGCGUGCGGCAGCGGCAGCAGCCGUGCUGCCUGAAGGUGACAGCACGAGCACUUCGGAUGGAGAUAUCGAUGACGGCAUCCGCGGGCAUCUUAGGCCUGAUCCUGAAACACAGCCGCCUGCCGAGGACCAGCUGGAGCACUUCGUGUACAUCCCAGGUCAGGAGUAUCCGACGGCUGGCACCGACCUCGCCGCCGUCGCUCUUACGGACCUGUUUGACUGCACCAACGCUGCUGGCGUGUAUGCCUAUGAUGCAGCACGACGCUGCCGAGCCCCGGCCCUAGUGGACGGCCAUGGUGCACGCAGCGAUCGUUUCAGCCGUCGGAUCACGCCAGCGGACCUGCCCCUCCUGACUGAAGCGACCAAGCGUCUGAAGCGGUAUCUCGUUGCAGCAGCAGCCGGCACUGUUGAGGCAGAUGGGGGUGCCCACACGGGACUGACGGCCGCACCUGAGAUGGACACCCCUCGUGUCGAGCUGCACCGCCCCACCAGCGGACCCCUGGUCGCCAUCCUGCGCAUGCCUGGCACUCCUGAGCGGACUGAACAGGCUUGCAUGCCCAUCUAUGUGCACCUCCCCCAGCCGCCCAGCAUCGACGACACCAUCGAGCUGUUCACGCUUGCCCCCCACCAGGCCGUGCCCUUCAUGCUCAUGGCUCGGUACUUCGAUCAUCGCGAUGAGCCUAACCCUGGCGACCCGCCGCAGAUGCUUGUGGAGGGCAAGCCCGGUACCGGAAAGAGCCAGUUCGUACAAGCGCUCCUGUGGUACACCUUCCAGCAUGGCUGUCCGCACUGGGCGGCCACCUGCGCCUACUCAUGGGCUGCUGCAACUGCCUUCAGCACGCCGGUGCAUCGCAGCCUCUCUACCCACGCCAUGUUCGCCCUAUCUGCUGGCAGCAACCGAGCGGACAGCGUCAGGAAAGGCAGUGCAGCCAGCCUACAGGUGCAUCGGAAUGUCGGCGAUGGUGCACUCAUCAUUGACGAGAUCGGCAUGAACAGCCUGGACCACCUGGGUGCAUGCAACCAGUCAUGCACUCGUCACCUGUUGCCGCCACCGCAUCUCGCCGGCGACCACCCCGCCGCCACCAUCUUCAGCGGCCGUCCCAGCGCCAACACGGGCGACGAGUUCCAGCACCCGAAGCCAGGUGGCCCGCCCCUCUACAAGUACGCUGCUGCUGUGGAAUGCAACCCUCAGUUCUCGCCCUCUGUCCCAACCGCGCAACCUCUGCACGCAGAGGAGGACAACGAUGACGACCCUAAUGAGGCUGCCGCUGGAUCUCAAGGCGGUCAGCAGCAACCCGAAGCAGCAGCACGCCGGCCCCGGGCCGUCCCACAGAUGCAGAGCUGCAUACUUGAGGGCUUCCGGGUUUACCGAUCCCUGGCUAAAACGGUCUUCUUGCUGGAGAAGCAGCAGCGCCAGGACAGCAGCCCCUCUGGUCGUCGCCUGACAGAGUAUGCCUCUAUGUUUGGCGGUGAGCCAGCCACCGAGCAGCGCAUAGCCGAGAUGGUCGAUGACCUUAACAGCCGCGCCGUCGUCGACUUGGCCGACCUGGCACACCUCGAGCCGCGCGUCGUGCUGCAGAGGAACGAACCACGCCACACACUCAAUACCCGGCUCAUCAUGCUGGAGGCACAGCGCAAGAAUCAGCGCCUUGUGGUGUGGAAUGCGGAUCACGUCCCUGUCCAGAAGCGCGGUGCUGCUGUGGAACCGGCCCUGACACACGUGGAGAAAGCAGUUGCGAUGCGGAUCAAGGAUCACGAGUUUGGCCACACCACCGCCGACACGUGGUACUACCAUGGCGCCCGAUACAUCCUCCUUGAUACGACAGCUGCCGAUGCCGGAGCGAGCCACAACAACGAGGUGGAAGCCUGCGGCCUGCUUGAGGAUGGCCGCGAGCCAGCCGAUGACGGCCGUGGCCCCUACCGCCGGCUCAAGUACCUUCCAGCGGCCGUCAUUGUGUGGCCUAUAAGCGGCCACAUCCCCGGCACCGUGCUGCAGGGCCUUGGAGACUACGCCAGCAGGGGUGGUGCCUUCAUCCUGUCACCCCGGGCGUCUUGCAUUGCCGAGGUGGAGAUGCCUGCCGCCGGGUAUGGCACCAUCACAAAGCAGAUCCGGCGCCUCAACGUGCCGCUCGGCGACCGCCAGGCGGUCACCGAUUACUUCGUGCAAGGCCGCAGCUUCAAAGACGAGUGCUGGCUGGUGGAUCUCGCUGUCCCACCCAACGGCAUCAAGCGCGCCACCCUGUAUGUGCUGCUGACCCGCUUCAAGACGCUGGACCACGUCCAUCUGCUCCGGCCGCUCUACAUUACACCGCAUGAGCGCAAGAGGAUAAUCAAGCAGUUCCUCAGCGCCACUAACCUCGAGCCGGACCUGGCCGCCAACCUGCGCCUGCUGAAGCAGGCAGCGCGCGAGACGGAGCAGCGCUAUACAGCCGAGUUCGAGCAUGCGCGACAGCUGGAAUCGCGGUGGACCCGCCCGGUCCAGGACUAG